UGGUUUCUUCUUCCAGGGCCCACCUACUCAAGCCGUUACCUUUGAAUGCAGCCAGAGAGACGACAAGCGACUUCAACGUCCAUAAAUGGAUUCCUAUCCCACACAUCAACGUUUGAUGUUUCACAGUCCCACCGUUAUAACUUGUAACUAUAAUUCACUGGAUCAACUUCCCUUGCUGGUUCCACUUACAGACCUUUUAAGCACAAGCUCUGCCUUCCUUCACUAACUCUCUCUCUCUCUCUCUCUCUCUCUCUCUCUAAAAUGGAUAGUGCUUCUUUUCAAUGGCUUCUUUUUUUGGAAGUCUUCACUUUGAUGAUUUUGACACGCGCUCAGCUGCCUGGCACGUGGGAGCUUCUGGUCCCCAACGCUGGAAUUGCCUCCAUGCACACCGCAGUCACACGCUUCAACACCGUUGUCCUCCUCGACCGGACUAACAUUGGCCCAUCUCGGAAAAUGCUGCCCAAAGGCCAUUGCCGCUUUGAUCCUAAAGAAGUUGUCCUCAAGCGCGAUUGCUAUGCUCAUUCUGUUCUCUUCGAUCCUCAAACCAAACAAAUCCGACCCCUAAUGAUCCUCACCGACACAUGGUGCUCUUCGGGUCAGUUUCUCCCUGACGGUACCCUCUUACACACCGGCGGUGCCUUGGAUGGAUUCACCAAGAUCCGAAAAUUCGAACCGUGUGAACUGAAUGGGUCUUGUGACUGGGUCGAGCUUGACAACGUAAAAUUGAGUGAGGGGAGGUGGUAUGCUACGAACCAGAUAUUACCUGAUGGUUCAGUGAUUGUCGUUGGUGGGAGAGGAGCAAAUACUGUAGAGUAUUAUCCCCCAAGAAACGGAGCCGUUUCCUUCCCGUUUCUUUCUGAGAUGGAGGACAAUCAGAUGGACAAUUUGUAUCCUUACAUCCAUCUCCUCCCUAACGGCCAUCUUUUCAUCUUCGCAAACAACAAGGCCGUCCUGUAUGAUCACGCGACCAACAGAGUGAUCAGAGACUAUCCGCCGUUGGAUGGAGGCCCCCGAAAUUAUCCAUCUGCUGGAUCCUCAGCUAUGCUGGCGCUGGAGGGUGAUUACUCUACAGCUGUGAUUGUUGUUUGUGGCGGGGCCCAGUAUGGAGCAUUUAUAGAGAAAAGUACGGACAGCCCAGCCCACGGCAGCUGCGGACGCAUUGUUGCGAUGUCGCCCGACCCGGUUUGGGAAAUGGAGACUAUGCCAUUGGGGCGGAUCAUGGGCGACAUGGUUAUCCUCCCAACUGGUGAAGUGCUUAUUAUUAAUGGAGCUCAGGCUGGGACCCAAGGGUUCGAAAUGGCGUCCAACCCGUGCUUAUAUCCACUUUUGUACAGACCUGAUCAACCUGCUGGGUUAAGGUUCAUGACGUUAAACCCGGGAACCGUACCCAGAUUGUACCACUCAACCGCUAACUUGUUACCCGAUGGCCGGGUCUUGCUAGCCGGUAGUAAUCCACAUUACUUUUACAAAUUCAAUGCCGAAUUUCCCACAGAAUUACGAAUCGAAGCGUUUUCGCCGGAAUACUUGUCACCUGAUCGGGCCAAUGUUCGACCAGUAAUCGAAGAGAUUCCCGAUACGGUACGCUACGGCGAGGUUUUUAAUGUCUUAAUAUCAGUUUCGUUGCCUGUUGUGGAGAUAGUACAAGUUAAUUUGGGAAGUGCACCAUUUGCGACGCAUUCAUUUUCACAGGGACAGAGAUUGGUUAAGUUGACCGUUACGCCCUCCGUCCCUGACGUUAGCGGCCGGUAUAGGAUUGGGUGCACUGCGCCGCCUAAUGGGGCGGUUGCUCCGCCGGGUUAUUAUAUGGUGUUUGCGGUUAACCAAGGCGUGCCAAGCGUGGCGCGAUGGGUUCAUUUGGUAAAAUAAUGGAGGGUAGCUUUUGGUGGUUGAAAAAAAAAAAAAUUUAUAUCUGUUGCUUGUGGAUACAGUGACAAAUCAUUCGAUUUCAAUUGUGAAAAUGGAAUGGUAUUGUUUUUAAUGAUACAAUUUUAAACAUCUGUUAAUCAAAAGCUGAGAUUAUCCACUGCUGCAUUAACG